AUGUUACUCUCAACCUCUCGCGCAUUGCCGCAUACAUUGCGCGCAAUAACUCGAUCCCACACAACUACAUGUUCGAAUAUACGACGCUCAGUCUCAACAUUAAAGGAAAAUCCUAAUAUUUACAUCCACCCACCCACCUCUUCCUCCCCCCAAACCCACAUUCUAACCCUCCUCCCCACCACCCCACCAACCACAUCCCUCUCCCUCGGCACCACCACCACCCUCCCCAUCACCCCUCAAUCCUUCACUCCCAAUCCCCAAUUCCUCCCCUUCCUCUCCACCAUCCUCCAAAAAUACGCCCAUCUAGAUCCACAACUCCAUUCGCAAGCCGCCGCCUUCGCCACCACCACGACUCACUUCUCCCUCUCACCCCCAUCAUCCUAUCGUCAAAACAAAGGCGGAAAGUCUUCAAAAGGAAAAGAUUCCGGAGCGCCACCUAGUGCCAGUCAAGGCGGCGCCGGCUCCGGCGGCCACGGCGGCUACAUCCACCUCUCGGAUACGCGCGCACCCCCCGACUACGGCCGCAUCGCCUACCCCGAAGACAUAUUCGGAUCUCUCGAAGUCGACGCGACCGGACAAUUCGUCGAAGGAGAUUCUGGGAAAGCGCCUGGAAAUUGGCAAGACUCGGGAACCUACCGCAUAGUAACACGUGAGGGCAUUUUCGGAUUGCCAGAUUUCUUGAGGGGGAAAUUGGUGGAGGCCUUGAAGGAGGAGGAGAAGAAGAUUAAUGGAAACUAA